UAUCGAACAGGUGUCUCAAAGCAUCUGAAAUUUCUAAAAGUGAAAGAAAAUUAAUUGUGAAGUGAUGUAACGAAGGAAAGACGUAUGGUGAACUGAAAUAUCAAGAGCAACGGGAGCAGCUUCUUUUCGCGGCAAAAAACGGAAGAACCGAAGAGUUGUAAAGGCACAGAAUUGAGGUACAGAACGACAUGACGGCGGAACAUGAAAGCGAUACGAGGGUGAGGUUAAGGAGGACGAAAAGUGUCACCAGGGCCGAGGAAAUCCAGAAAGCCGAGAUGAUGGCGCGGAAAUCGCAGCCGGACAAACCAUGUCAUCGUCCUAGAGACAGUCUCUUUUCGUGGAGCUCCGGGUUCGACAACUUCACGGGAUUCGUCAACUGGGGCUUUCUGUUGUUGGGCAUCGGUGGAAUCCGAUUGCUGCUGGAAAAUUUCAUAAAGUACGGAAUUAGAGUGGAUCCGCGGCAAUGGAUUAUGUUUGUCGGGGGCAAGUACGAGGACGGCGAGGAAUAUCCUUCGAUUCUCCUCAUCAUCUAUUCCACCGUGCCCGUUGUACUGUGUCUGCUGAUCGAAAAGGGACUGUCCGUGGAUAUCAUAGCUCACGGGCCAGGAAUGGUGUUCCACGUCGUAAACCUCAUCGUGAUGGUUCUGGUGCCGAUGGUGGUCAUCCACGUGAAGGAUUCCGGAUUCAGCCUGUUCGGUGCCAUGUACGUGUGCAUGCUGUACGCCAUCCUGUUCCUGAAGCUAUGGUCGUACGUGCAAGUGAACAUGUGGUGUCGGCUGAGCAGUCGAAGAAAGACAGUGAGCCAGGGCAGAAUACGACGGCAAUCCCUGUCGUACAACAAUCUACAAGCCUCCAGCUUGAACGUUGCAGAGGUCGACGACUCGAAGCACGAAGUAGACGGUGCUGGUACCUCCUUGGUGCAAUAUCCGGACAACCUGAAUCUCGGUGAUCUCUACUACUACAUUCUGGCCCCUACGCUCUGCUAUGAACUGAAUUUCCCUAGGACACAAAGGAUUCGCAAAAGAUUUUUGAUUAAACGGAUCGUGGAGGUCGUGGUCGGCUGCCAAGUGGUCAUGUCGCUGUUUCAACAAUGGAUGGUCCCGUCCGUGAAGAACUCGCUGGUGCCGUUCAGCAACAUGGACGUGGCGAAGGCUUCCGAACGGAUGCUAAAAUUAGCUAUACCGAACCAUCUUGUCUGGUUGUGCUUCUUCUACUUGAUGUUCCAUUCGUUCCUGAAUCUGAUGGGUGAACUGUUGCAUUUCGCUGAUCGGAAUUUCUACUGCGACUGGUGGAACGCGAAUAACAUCGACACUUUCUGGAGAACAUGGAACAUGCCGGUGCAUCGAUGGGCUUUGCGGCACUUGUACAUUCCUAUCAUCGAGAUGGGAUACGGAAAAUCGACCGCCUCUGUCAUCGUGUUUUUUAUCAGCGCCUUCUUUCACGAGUAUCUCGUGAGCGUACCUCUGAAGACGUUUAAAACGUGGGCGUUUAUGGGAAUGAUGGGACAGAUACCAUUAUCGAUGAUAAGUAAGAAGGUGGAGCAACAUUGGGGUGCCAGAUGGGGCAAUAUCACGGUGUGGGCGAGCCUCAUUAUCGGACAACCACUUUGCAUAAUGAUGUAUUACCACGAUUACGUGGUAACUCAUUUCGGUGAGACACUGAUCGAGGAUUAUUCCGUGGUGUAAAAUGACAAAUGUAGACAGGAAUCGACGAUCAACGAUGAGGAGACCGGAUUUCGUGUGCUAAUCGCCAAUCAUUUUAUUUUCACGAUUUCUUUCUUCGAGCGUGUGUUGAUUCCUCGUGAACUGUUUUCGGGGAUCGUCCAGAUAAUUGUUCGUAUUUUCGAAUAAAAAUGAAAACGUAGAAGCAUGUAUACCGUGUAGAGAUGCUGCUAUUGAUUCAAUCUUUUUCAUUUCAAUUUGAUAGGUAUAUUUAAAACUAUUCACAUAUUAUUUGUUCAACGUAUGAGAGGCUUUUGUGAAAGCAUUUAAGAGGCUACAUUUAAUUGAGAAUCAUUUGCACAUUCGGGUCAUGAUUGACCCAACAUAGCCGUCCAAGGAUUAAGAUAUCGGUAAGGUUAAUUGGAGUGAUUGAUGUAUGGAAAGUUUUAGAUUUGUAGCAGGUACCACCAAUUGUAUUUAUACACUUUGUAUAUUUUAUGCACAUUGUAACUUAUAGUUUGAUUUAACAAAUAAGCGUACACAGAUUUAAAUGAUAAAAUUACCAGUCACUCUCAUUGGCCUUAUCAAUACUGUCGAUAUUCAUCAAUAGCAGCAUCUCUACUAUGUAAGCGAAACUUACAAUUAGAAUCGCGAACAAGUGCCUUAAGUAUUACGCGGUGACGUGACAUUCGAUUUUCAAUCGAUUCAGCGUGAAGAACAGAGAAGAGCAAUAGAUUGUAUGAAAAUGUGACACGUGUACGUGUGAUUUUAUUGUUUUCUGUAAAUGGGGUGAUGGUUUCGAGUUGACGGGUUAUUUAAUCAUUAAUUGCAGCAUUCGCAUUUUUAGCCGUAAGACUGUUAUUCGCUUUGAUACGAGGAUUUUAAUAUCCCUGCAUUUUUCAACGCAUUUCGUUCUUGUUUGAGCACAAUUUUUCAUGAUUUCGCCGAGAUUAUGUUAUUUUGAAUGGCCGAAAAGAAAGACAGGGUAAACUCGCAAUAUUCUCCGGGCAACGUUGAUCGACUCGCACGAUUUUAUAUUUUCUGUACAAUCAUAAACGCGUCUCGUAAAUUCACGAUACUCGACUUUUCUCGCGAUGUUAACGCGAAUAUUAACCGUGCGUUAAGACAAUAAUUCAUCGUAUUUUUUCUAUCUCGCAUCGUUUUUACUGAAAGAGUGAGAGAGAGAAACGGAUCGAGAAUAUUAACCGUAGUAAAUUUAUCCUAUCGCGAUAAAUUUGUCCGGAGCUGCGUAUUCGGCAAAUAUUUUAGCCGGUCGCGCGUAUCGCGAAAGCAUUUACGACGAAGCAGAUGCCGAAGCGGAGGAUUUAACGAGCCAACUUUCAUUGUACGCGAACAGCGACGAUUUUGUAGAUUUCGUUCGGUACUCGCUAUCGCGUGCCACCGCGAGCACAAACUGGUUGUCGAAUAAACGAGAUCUUUGUUA